GCGGCCCGGCCCGGCCAUGGCUUCCUACCGCCUCGGGGUCCGCAUCGGGAACUGGCUGGAGGACGAGAUCGCGCAGCAGGACCUCCUGAAGGAUUUUAUCCGUAAGAGAGAGAAAGGACAACUUUUCGUACAGCGAUUAGCCAGACUUAAAGAGAAUAUUUUCAAGAAGGUAGAGCUGUCAGUAUCCUCUGAUGGAUUUGUUCACUUUGGAGACACCGUGUUGCUCAUGAACCCAGACUGCACAUCCCCGGAGGAGCGGGACCCCGAGCUGCGUGGUGAUGUCACCCUGGCUGUUGACAUGGAAGAAGUGUCCCUGUACUCAGAUGAGCCCCUGCAGAUCUCACGUGGGCUCAGUGCAGUCAAGAGGGUGGACCCCAUAGGUCGAAAUGCUUUCUGCAUUGUAAGUGUUGAUGGAAGUGCAGUGGGUGAACCACUUAGAUAUGGGCAGAACUUUCUUCUUGGGACAAAAGGAGGGGUUUCUGACAAACUGUUUUAUCUGGCAAGUGACCACAAAACAUUUAGAGAUUUUGCUAAAAAGUCUCGCCUUCAGAAAGUAUUUCUGACAGGUGAGCUUUCCUAUUUGACUUUCUGGCAAGCAAAGUCCUUGGAUCCACAACUGCGUCUUGAACAUGAAGGAUGUCCAGUUCCUGCAGAAACUAAAAUUAUUAUUACUCAUUGCUACACCAAUCGCAACUUAGCUGUUCCAAGGACCUUCUGUGUGUGGUCUUCUUUUGGAAGAGAAUUUGAAGUAAUUUGUCACAAUUAUCUUGAUGCCCGCAAAGUUGAAGAAGACAAGAAUUACUGGGAGAUAAUUACAGGAAAUCCUGGUCCUGAAGAUGGUACAAGGCCUGAAAGACCCAAAGCUCUCCCAGAAGGGUAUGAGAAUAAAUUAGUUUCAUGAAAAGACAGAGGAUAUAAAAGGCCAAGACCACAGCCAGGAGAGGUUUAUGAGACUGAUUGUUUCUUUCAGUUUAUAUUUUAGUUUUAGAGAUGUUUAUUUUAAAAAUGGAAAUUAAAGUCUGCCAUUAGUAAUAUUG